AUGGUAAUGAAAGUGGUGAAUAAUUCACUCAAAUUCUCGCGACAAAUCCGAAAAAACGGAGCAAGUUUUCUUUUGGGGGGGUGUCGAUUGUCUGGUAUUGCUAUUAUUAACGCAUGUAAAUGUAAAGUUUUGCAGUGUUUUUUCAUUAGCCUCAACUGUGUUGGACAACGUGAUUUCCUGCGUCAAAUCUUCGAGAGGCCGAACUCCGAAAUUUUUGCGGGUUUAAUGAGAGAGAGAGAAUCGGCCAUGUUAACUGCUGCAUUUGAUUGGCGGAUAAUCAAUAUGCGAUGGAGUAACUCAAAAACAAACGUACGUGGGCUGUAUCAGAGUAAUAUGAGCAAGCCCAUAUGCUGUUCGUUGGAAAAGCGUCGGCCAAGCAAUACAGUAUUAUCUAAUAAUAUAACUCACCACACGCACCGGCAGAUGGCCUCCAAACAAGAUGAAGUGCCUCAGAUGUGA